AUGACCCACUUCGAGGACUCGAAGGACGCUCAGUUCGAGCGGCGCCCCAGCGUUGCACACCCCAUCGAGGCGGUGAACGUGAUCCAGAACCCUCUCCAGGCUCUGUCGAAGGAGGCAGUGAUCGAUGACGCCAAGACCUUCUGUGAGGAGAAGGGUUUAGAUGAGCACACCGACCUGUUCGUCAAGGCUGCGCUCGUCGCUCGGCAACCAGACCAAUUCAACGAGAUCGAUGAACUCACCUCGGCGGACAAGAGCGCGCUGGACUACGAGGCGACGCACAAGUGGGCUGGCACCAAGCAGCUCUACUUUGCCAUGUUCAUGUGUGCGCUCGGCGCGGCAUGCCAGGGUUGGGACCAGACAGGCAGCAACGGAGCCAAUCUGUCCUUCCCCGUUGAGUUUGGCAUCUCUAGAACGCUCGACGACGGCCCUGCAGGCCUCCGCGACUCGUGGCUCGUCGGCCUCGUCAACAGUGCCCCAUACGCAGCCGCAGCCGUCGUCGGCGUCUGGCUCUCUGACCCGCUCAACCACUAUUUCGGCCGCCGCGGCGAGAUCUCCAUCGCAUCCCUCAUCUUGACCGUCACGCCCAUUGGCUCGGCGUUUACGCAUUCCUGGCAGGCUCUCUUCGCCGUUCGUCUAGUCAUGGGCGUCGGGCUUGGCGCAAAGGCCGCAACUGUUGCCGUCUACGCUGCUGAGAUGAGCCCGACUCGCAUCCGUGGCGCGCUCACCAUGGGCUGGCAGCUGUGGACGUGUUUCGGCAUUUUUCUCGGAUUUGCAGCCAACUGCGUCGUCAAGGAUGUCCCUCGCAUCGCAUGGCGGCUGCAACUCGCCUCCUGCUUCAUCCCUGCCCUUCCCCUCAUCUUCUUGAUCUUCCUGGUCCCAGAGUCCCCAAGGUGGCUGAUGAAGAAGAACGACUACCCCAAGGCCUUCCGCUCGUUCUGCCGUCUGCGCCUCGACCCCCUCAUUGCAGCGCGCGACCUAUACUACUCGCACGUACUGUACGAGGUCGAAAAGAAGCAGGGCGGUGGCAAGAGUUACUUCUCUCGCCUCGCCGACAUCUUCCGCGUCCCCCGCAUCCGUCGCAGCACGCUCGCAGCAUCGACCGUGAUGAUCGCACAGCAGAUGUGUGGCAUCAACAUUAUCUCGUUCUACAGCUCGACGGUCUUCGUGCGCUCGGGGUACACCGUGGAGCAGGCGCUAUUCGCGUCGCUCGGCUUUGGUGCGCUCAACUUUGUGUGCACGAUUCCUGCCAUCUUCCUGGUCGACACGUUCGGCCGCCGUUCGCUACUCCUCUCCACAUUUCCCUUUAUGUGCGUGUUCCUCCUCGCCACCGGCCUCACAUUCCUCAUGGACGAGGCGCGCACUCAGCUUCGCACCGGGCUCAUUGCGUUCUGGAUCUACCUCUUCACGGCGUUCUACUCGGUUGGCGAGGGCCCAGUGGCGUUCAUGUACUCGGCCGAGGUAUUCCCCAACAUUCAUCGCGAGCAGGGCAUGGCGUGGGCCGUGUGCGUCAACAACUUCUUCGCCGCCAUCCUCGGCCUCACCUUCCCGAGCAUGGAGCGCGCGAUGACGACAAUGGGCGCAUUCUGCUUCUAUGCCGGGCUCAACGCGGUCGCCCUUGUCUGGAUCUUCUUUUGGGUGCCAGAGACGAAAGGCCUCACUCUGGAAGAGCUUGACCAGGUUUUCAGCGUCCGCACUGCCGAGUUUGGCAAGUACCAGGUCAAGACGUGGCUACCGUGGUUCCUCCGCCGAUACAUCAUGUGGGACAAGGACGCGUACCUCAAGCCUCUCAUCGAGAAGAGCCACAAGGAGAACUGGGCAGAGGAUGGGGCUUUGACGCCCACGGAGAAGCACCUUGCGGUAUGA